CUCCCAACAGUGUGAGGAACCCAUGGCGGCAGCGAACCUUCGAGCGGAGCUGGAUUCGCUGCUCCUGCAGCUGCUCGGGGACCUGGAGGAACUGGAGACCAAGCGCGCGGCGCUGAACGCCCGGGUGGAAGAGGGCUGGCUCUCGCUUUCCAAAGCUCGCUACGCUAUGGGUGCCAAGUCGGUAGGGCCCUUGCAGUAUGCCUCCCGCAUGGAGCCCCAGGUCUGCGUCCGCACCAGCGAGGCCCAGGAUGGACUCCAGAAGUUCUGGUUGGUGAGAGCCGGCCCCAGGACUCCAGAGGAGGUGGGGCCUCGCGAGUCAGCUCUGCGUAAGCGCAAGGGUCCCACCAAGAUGGCAGAGCCAGAACCUUCCCCAGCUCCCCAGGACCCUCUGAACUGGUUUGGAAUCCUUGUUCCUCACAGUCUGCGGCAGGCUCAAGCCAGCUUCCGGGAGGGUCUGCAGCUGGCUGCAGACAUGGCCAGCCUUCAGAUUCGAAUCGACUGGGGUCGAAACCAGCUCCGGGGGCUCCAGGAGAAACUCAAGCAGCUGGAGCCUGGGGCUGCCUGACCUGCCACCACAAUGGCAGGGCAGUGAGCAUAGCUGUUCCUUAAUGUGGCUGCCUUAUCUCAGGCCUUCUUCCUUCACAGAUCCCCCACCCCCACCUCCCCAGUUAAUUCCACCUCAUUAUUUCUCUGGUCCUCAUGUUUCCAACUUCGUUAGGAGGGAAAAUUUGAAGAGGCAAGCUGAUUAAUGUUGAAAGGCACUUCCCUGAAACUAUCUUUAGACUUGUUUUGUCCUAGGUUAGUUCACAUCACUCAACAACUGUAACAACAUCGUGAGUAACUCAGCUGGAGUUCUUCAUUAUAGGAUGAGAUACUGCACAGCUAGUGGCAGGAAAGGACAAGAAGUUGGUGCCUCAGUUUCACUAGAUCCUCAAAACCGAUUUUGAUUGAGGAAAAACAAUUUUACACAGCUAACAGAUCGGGAAGAAUGAUUAAUAAAAUAAUAAAAAACACAGA